GAAAAAGGGGAAAAAAGAAGCUCUCACCUGUCUCUUUAUUUUUCCCCUUUUCUUCUUCUUUCUCUUUCUGCUCUCUUACGUUCUUCUCCCAAAAUCCCUAAUUCCAAUGCUUGAAGUUGUCUAUUUGGAGCGGGUUUUGAACGGUGGUGGAUUUGGAUCCGGUAUGCGAACUGAAACGGCGCGUCGAGAGCUCGAUCUCUUGUGCUUAGCUUGAAAAAGGCGGGAUUUUUUUAUGAGUAUUUGGUGCAAGGAUAGGGAGAUUUUUAAGCUUUCAGCAUGCAUUUCGCCAAGCUUGAUGAUUCGCCUAUGUUCCGAAAACAGAUUCAAUCACUUGAAGAAGGUGCAGAAUCAUUGAGGGAAAGAUGUAUGAAGUUUUACAAGGGCUCUCGGAAAUACACAGAAGGCCUUGGUGAGGGAUAUGAUGGGGAUAUUGCUUUUGCUAGCUCUCUUGAAAUGUUUGGUGGAGGGCAUAAUGAUCCCAUAAGUGUUGCUUUUGGAGGACCCGUGAUGACUAAAUUUACAAUUGCCUUGAGAGAAAUUGGAACGUACAAAGAAGUCCUAAGAUCCCAGGUGGAACACAUUCUAAAUGACAGAUUGCUGCAAUUUGUAGAUAUUGAUUUGCAUGAUGUCAAGGAUGCACGGAAGCGUUUUGACAAGGCUAGCCUUGUGUAUGAUCAGGCUCGUGAGAAGUUUUUAUCACUGAAGAAAGGCACGAGAGCUGACAUAGCCACCAUCUUGGAGGAUGAGUUAUACAGUGCUAGAUCUUCGUUUGAGCAGGCCCGUUUCAAUCUGGUCACUGCUCUUUCAAAUAUUGAGGCAAAGAAAAGAUUUGAAUUUUUGGAGGCUGUUAGUGGAACAAUGGAUGCGCAUCUUCGUUACUUUAAACAGGGGUAUGACCUAUUGCAUCAGAUGGAGCCGUAUAUUAACCAGGUUCUGGCGUAUGCACAACAAUCAAGAGAAAGGGCUAACUAUGAACAGGAAGCCCUUACAUCAAGGAUGCAAGAUUUCAAAAAGCAAAUUGAUCGAGAAAGUCGGUGGUCUUCAAAUGCUUCACAUGAUUCUCCUAAUGGAGAUGGCAUACAAGCUGUUGGUAGAAGUUCCCACAAAAUGAUAGAGGCAGUGAUGCAGACAGCUGUUAGGGGAAAGGUUCAAACUAUUCGACAAGGUUAUCUUUCAAAGCGAUCAUCAAACUUGAGAGGUGAUUGGAAGAGAAGGUUUUUUGUUCUUGAUAGUCGAGGAAUGUUGUAUUAUUAUCGAAAGCAGUUUAGCAGGCCAUCUGGGGUUGGCAGCCAUCAUUCUAAUCAUAGGAUUCAAAAUUCUUCCGAGCAUGGUUCCGGAUUGUUGAGCCGGUGGUUCUCUUCUCAUUAUCAUGGAGGCGUACAUGAUGAGAAGUCUGUUGCACGUCAUACUGUGAAUCUGCUUACGUCAACAAUUAAAGUUGAUGCAGAUCAGUCAGAUUUAAGAUUCUGUUUUAGGAUUAUUUCACCAACAAAGAACUACACAUUGCAGGCUGAGAGUGCAAUGGAUCAGAUGGAUUGGAUUGAGAAGAUAACUGGUGUUAUUGCUUCACUACUGAGUGCUCAGUCCCCAGAACUGCGCCUGCUUAGCAGUCCUACGAGCAGUGGUCAUAAUCGCACUGCUAGUGCUAGUUCAUUUGGCAGUUCGUCAGAUCUCGACCCUUCAGUUGAAGAAUCGUCUUUAGAGAGGAACUGUGUUUCUGGGCAUUCAGAACGUAGUGCCAGAAGUUCACAGCAGCAUAGAUUCCAUGCCAAACAUGAAAAGCCAAUUAACGUUCUAAGAAAAGUUAGCGGUAAUGAUGUUUGUGCUGAUUGUGGAGCUCCUGACCCAGAUUGGGCAUCUCUGAACUUAGGCGUGCUUGUAUGCAUCGAGUGUUCUGGGGUCCAUCGAAAUCUUGGUGUGCAUAUAUCAAAGGUGCGAUCUCUGACACUUGAUGUCAAAGUGUGGGAACCUUCUGUUAUUAAUCUAUUUCAGUCACUCGGCAAUAAUUUUGCCAACUCCAUCUGGGAGGAAUUGCUACCAUCAACAAGUAAUGGGCAAGUUACAGAUAGAUGCAGUUUAGAUCAAAAACAGCUACAUAUAUACAGUACAAAGCCCAAGCAUACUGAUCCAAUUUCAAUAAAGGAAAAAUUCAUUCAAGCAAAGUAUGCAGAGAAGGUCUUUGUUAAUAAAUCAAAGGAAGAUUCCGAUCUAUUAUUGACGACCCAGCAAAUAUGGGAUAGUGUCCGUACUAAUAACAAGAAAGCCGUGUAUCAGCGCAUAGUCAUUGAAAAUGCUGAUGUAAAUUCAGUAUACGAGCAAACAUCAUUUAAUUCUUCAUUAACUCUUGCAAAAGCAAUGCUUCUUCAAGAGCAGUCAACCACAAUGUUGGAUCGGAGUGCUAGCUGCAUAGUUGGGGAUUCCCAACUUAAGGCUCCUGCCUUGAGCUCUUGUAGCACGGCGAUACCAAUCGAGGAAAGAAAUAAAAUGGAUGCAUGUUUUGAGGGCUGCUCUCUACUUCACCUAGCUUGCCAAACUGCAGAUAUUGGCAUGGUAGAGCUCCUCUUACAGUAUGGCGCCAAUGUAAAUGCUGCUGAUCUCAAGGGCAGGACACCACUUCAUCAUUGUGUCCUCAGUGACAAAAAAACUUUUGCUAAACUGCUACUUUCCAGGGGAGCGGACCCACACGUCGUUGACAAGGACGGUAAAACCCCGUUACAGUAUGCAAUGGAUAGUGGACCCAUCGAUGAUGAAGAGAUACUUGUUCUUCUAGAAAGCAGAUAGCACCCCAAUUUGUAUUAGGGGAGGAGGAGAAAGGGAUGGUUCUUGGAGAAGUACAAUUUCCUGAGGUUUAUGAAUGGAUAGCAUCUUCAAGAGAAUGAAAGUUGAUAGCUUUAAAGCUAUGGUCCGUGAAGUGUUUAGUCUGAGCCGUCAUAGAUCCAUCAAGCUUCAACCAUUUGAAGAGUUCAAGCUGGCAUUUCAUUUUGGGUUUUUGUUGUAAUCUAAGGUUGUCUUUUUAUUUAGGUCCAGUUUGGUUUUGUUUCCGUGUAUGGUGAGCUCUGUACAUUUGCCUAGUAUUUUAGUCAGUCUUUGUAACUUUUUUGAGCGUGGUUUAAGCUUGAUUAGCAACUUGUUGGUGAGAAAGUUUGUAAAUAUAUGUACACUGAAUGGUAAAAAUUUUAGAUGAAGGAUGAGUGGAUGGUAAAUUUGUCAUUUUA